AUACAUUUCCUUACGUAUUUUUUAUUAUAGCUUUGAUCAGCAUUUUUGAAAUAGAAUGAGUAUUUUUUUCCCUCCUGCUCAUCAUGGAAUGAAGGUUCUUAAUCGGGCUGCUUUCAAAAAGUCAUAUGAUGUUAUCGGUGUCCGAGUCCCAGCCAAGCGAGUUGGCAUAGUUGUUAAGGCAUUUGGAAAUAACCUUCUGAACCAACCUCGUCUCCGCAACGUAGCUGAAGAUUCAGGAUCUAAAGAAACCAAGUUGGUGCUGCUUAAAGCAGAUUUGCGUAGAGAAGAUCUCGAGAAUCUUCCUCAAGAAGCCAAGAAGGUUAUGGAGACGGAUGUGCUUGGUGUGGUGGAUCACCACAUUGAUUUGGACUAUGACUAUUGGACUAGUGAGCAGAUUAUGCACGCUGUAAUGCCUAAGGAUGCAAAGGAGAUUCCUUCUUCUUUUACACAAACUGGACACAUUGCUCACAUGAACCUGAGAGAGGAAUAUUAUCCUUGGAAAACGAUUGUUGGAGAGAUUAUCCUCGAUAAAAACAAAAACAUCACUUGCGUAGUAAACAAGACCAACAGCAUUGACACUACCUACCGUUACUUUAAGAUGGAGUUACUGGCAGGCGAUGGAAAUAUGAUGACGAUGGUGAAAGAGAGUGGUUGUAGAUUCAAGUUUGACUUUUCCAAAGUGUAUUGGAAUUCACGCUUACACACAGAGCAUGAGCGCCUGGUGCGGAUGUUUAAGCCCUCUGAGAACGUCUGCGAUGUUUUUGCUGGUGUGGGGCCAUUCGCACUCCCUGCGGCAAAGGGAGGAGCGAUUGUCUAUGCAAACGACUUGAAUCCUUCUUCUUAUGAGUGGCUCAAUGAAAAUGUCCAGUUGAACAAGAUCGACAGCAAAAAAAUCCACACCUACAAUAUGGACGGGCGGGAGUUUAUUAAAAAGGCCGUACAAGAUCUUCAAGAGACAUCAACCGAGUGGAAGACAUUCGAUCAUUUUGUAAUGAAUCUCCCGGCAACGGCGAUUGAGUUUUUGGACACCUUCCGUGGCUUGUACAACGACAAAAAAGAACUUUUCGAAGCAAGCAAAGAUGCCAAGCUCCCUAUCAUUCACUGCCACUGUUUCACAAAGAGCGCCGAUCCUCGCCAGGACAUAUUUGAUCGUGUUGCACACAUGAUAGGUGCACCCGUGGAUAGUGAGCUCACCCAGCUUCAUCUGGUGCGCAAUGUAGCACCCAAGAAGGACAUGUACUGCGUUUCUUUUCCCUUAACUCCUGAUGUGGCCUUUGCACCCCUGAGGUAA